CCUUGCUGUCGCAGGUAUUCUUGCCAGUUUUUUUCCGACAAGUCGCUGAUAUCAACCGAGUGACUCACGCCGAGCCUCUUUCUGAUUUAGAAUAAGAUAAAGAUUAUAUGCAUACUUUUUAAACGGUCGUUAUAUUAACUAGUAUUAAUUAUAAUAGUUCAGACGUAAGAAAACAAAUUUAUUCGAAAACGGUGGUUACCGUGCGCGCGUGUAUUACCUGGCAUACUGAGAUGGGUGGUAUACGUCACUGAGUCAUCUUUCCGUUUCGUGCGACACCUUUAGACAGGUAGUAGGACUACAAAAUUGUCGGCUCAGUCAAGGCCAGUUCUUAACACCAUGAAGCUAUGACGGUUGAUCAUUUCGCCAUUGGGGCUACCGUAAUAGCUAUUGCGGUCAUAAUAGGAUGGUUUAUAUCAUGGUUUAUUCAUACCAUCUCAAUUUGUUUUGGGUGAGUAAUUUUAGUUGAUCAUUUGAGUGCCCAUAGCCAUAACACACCUUUACUGUGCUGAAUCUAUCAGAGUCUGUGUUUCUAUACUUUGAUUUUGAUCUCCGUUGGUACCCAUCCAUUACAUUUCCUGUUUUUAUUGACUGACUGUGUUUUUAGUUAGAUGUUGAUUAUCAUGAAUCCUAGGCCUAACUAUAAUGUAAAGUUCAUAAAGUAACUAAGCCCAGACUAAAGCUAAAUAAUAAAUACUAAACUAAAUGGAUAUUCUUAUAAAAAUAACUUAUAUAAAUUCUUACUUUUAAAUAGUGAAAAAGCUAUUUAAUUCAAAUCUGACUGAUAUUAUUAUAAAUUUGAAAAAUAGAAUAACACAUUGAAAUAACAUUAUUAACUCAUAAACAUUGGUGGCAUUUCUUUAAUAAUUGAUGUUUGUCUUAUAAAAAUGUGUUCAUCACAACAAUAAUAAACUUUAUAAACCCAGGAUCAGGUAGGUAUACACUUAGCACUGACAUGGUAUCACAGAAGUAAACAUGAUAACUCUCAAUGAUAAGCCCUUUUCUAUUGGCCUAUUUAAUAAAAUAAUAUAAUUAUUUUAUUAUAAUUAAUGAUGUGAAUGUAUUCCUUUGUCCAUCAUUGUAAAUAUGAAAAUAACUAAAGAAGUGCCUCUCCAUUGAUUGAAACUUGGGCUAAUGUUAAGAGAUAACACCCUGCUUCGGAUAGGGUCAAAAGCCAGUUUAGGGUUCAGGUUAGGUUUAGGGAUAGAUUUAGGGUUCUGGUUAGGUUUAGGGAUACAUAUAGGACAUAAGUUCGUGGGUCACAGCAACCAAAGUAAAAAAAACGCUUACUGAAACUUUUUGUGUUAUGUUUUGUCAAGACUUAUCAGGCUAGAAAUUCAAUGAAUGGUUUUGUUAUUUAAAUGACACCAGUAUGGUGAGUAGUUGACUGUAGAUUACUACAAUACCUGAAAUUUAAACAAAACCCAUUAAAUUUACAUAUAGUCAAGGCUUCCAGUCAAAUAUAAAAAUAUUGGUUUAAGUUGUCUUUUUUUAAACUUUAAAACUUAAAUUAGUUGGAAAUGGUUCGCAACUAAUAUAAUAUUUGAAAGCACUGAUAUUAACAACAUUACUGUUUUUAACACUGCCUUUGUAGUUUGUUGGUUUGGAAUGGAAAUUUUUUUGUGCUGACUUUCAACUUUUCAAAAAUACCCUACCUACAAAUGUGUUAUGUAAAUAAAACAAUUAUUAUCUCUGUCUUGUUUGCAGCGUCCGCCAUCUUUACAAGAAACUGGAACCUGUCAUCCCCAAAGAAGAACUACCUGGGGUCUCUAUAAUCAAACCUUUGACUGGAGUUGAUAUUAACUUGAAGAGUAACUUGGAAACUUUUUUCACACAGGAUUAUCCAAAAGUAAGAUUUAAAAGAAGAAUUUUUAAAAAAAAAAAAAAGUGUAUGUCUUAGUUAGGUUGUUUCAGGCUGAUAACAGGUUUUAAUAUUCCCCAAAGGAAGCUUUCAGUCUGUGGUAUUAGACAGCCUUAUUGAGUCAGUUAAUUUGUAGCAUUUUUAUUGGCAGAUGUCUCUUUUUAGUUGUACAUUACUGUAGCAAAGUUGUGUUCUUUUUUUUUUUUUUCCACAAUGAAAUUUUCUAAUACAAUCACAAGAUGAAGGAGAAAAUUAUAUUCCUUAAAAUAUUUUUUUCAAGAAAACUUAUCACCAGAUGUGAAUUGUGAUUGAUAUUUGAACUAUUUGUAAGGUAGUCUUCAAGCAUAAUUAUCUUUUACUUUUUAUUUUCUAAGGUAGCAGGAAAUUAGCUCAAGUAAAAGCACAUUAUAUAGACACCACGGUAUAUAGACUUACAGCAUAUAAACACAUUAUAUAUACAUAUAGACUCACAGUAGAUAGACAACACAGUGUAGUAUAGACUCGCAUAAUAUAGACAAAAAAUUAUAUUCAGACUCACCGUAGAUAGAAAACGAAGUAUAUAGACUCACAGCAUACAGACAACACAUUAAAUGUAGACUCACAGUAGAUAGAUAAAACAGUAGGCAUAUAUAGACUCACUCUAGAUAGACAACACAGUAUACAGACUCACACUAGAUAGACAUUAAGACAAUUGUAAAAAAAAAAUGAUUUUCAAUUUUACAGGCCUAAGGAUAGAUGAACAAUAGGCUGUUGGUUUGUUUUUUAACCUACAAUUCAAUCAAAUAAUUACUUAUUCAGCAAUUAAUUUUUCUUUUUGUUACUUUUUUCAGUAUGAACUACUUUUUAGUGUGCAAGAUGACAAUGAUCCAGCAAUACUUGUUGUCAAAAGUUUGAUUGACAGUUAUCCCAAAGUAGAUGCAAAAUUAUUUAUAGGUGUGUAUAAUUUACUGGCUUGUUAGCAUUCAACAAUUUAAUCCACGCUUAUUUUGCUUGUUAGUUUGGAAUUGCUAGUUUUAACAUUCCCCAAAGGAAGCUUGCAGUCUGUGGUAUUAGGCAGCCUUAUUGAAUCAGUUCAUUUAUAGCAUUUUUUUGCUUGUUAGUUUGGAAUUUUAACUGUAUGUGAAGUAACUUGAGAAAUCAUCAAUUUUUGUAAAAAAAAGUAUAUUUAAAAAAACAUUUAAGCCCAGUUCACAAUAGAUAGUCUUUAAUUUUGAAAUUUAAAAAAAUAGUAAUUUUACACUUGUUACUUCAAAAUUUGGUUACGAUUUUUUUUUUUUUAAAGAAAAGAAACAGCUAUCUCUCGUCACUGUUGAUGUUGAUUUUGGCUCCAUUUAAAAAAAAAAUAUUUAUCUUUUUAUCCUUUUUUUUAAAUAGGGUUGUUAGCUUUAACACUUUGAUUCAUGCUUAUUUUGCAUGUGAGUUUGGAAUUUUUACUGUUUGUGAAAUAACUUUAUAAAUCAUUUAUUUAUUUUUAUAAAGUGUAGUUUUUUUAGUACACUUUAAUUAUAGUCUUGUUAAUAUUGAAAUUUAAAAAAUAGCAAUUUUUAAAUUUUUACCUCAGAAUUUGGUUACGGGUGGUUUGUUUUUUUAAGGAAACAAAAUGGUAAUUAUUGCCACUGUUGGUGGUGAUAUUGUCUUUUUUUUUUUUUUUUUUUUUUUUUUUUUUUAUUUUUUUUUUUUUUUUUUUUUUUUUUUUAUUUAUUCGUCUUUUAUUGUGUUUUUUUUUUUUUUUUUUUUCGUCUUUUUUUUUUUUUUUUUUUUUUUUUUUUUUUUUUUUUUUUUUUUUUUAAAUUUUAAACUGUUCUUAAUUUUUUUUCAGGGUUGAAGAAUGUUGGUCCUAAUGGAAAGAUUAACAAUAUGAUCUGUCCGUAUGAGGCAGCGAUAUAUAACAAUAUCGUCAUCUCUGAUACGGGAAUCAAGAGUAAGUUGGAGAUGUUUCAGCACCAUCUUUCUGUAUUCUUAACUUGGCAUUCAAAUGUUCAUUUGGACUUUUGUUAAGGCUCAGUGGAAAACUACAAAACAGUUCAAGAUGCAACUGAUAUAUUCAUGUUGUUUACAUCCUUAAGAAUUCUGUUAUUUGUGUUCCUCCAGUGACCCCUAACACCCUGUAUGAGAUGGUUCACUGCUUAAAGCCUGAUGUUGGCCUGGUCUUACAGAUGCCAUAUUGUGCCACUAGGAAAGGAUUUGGGGCAGUCUAUCAGCAGGUAUAUGCUUACAAUUACAAAGAGACUUAUGAGGAGCAGGGGUGUAGAUUUUUUGAAACUUUUUAAAGAUGUUAUGAUAUGUAUUGUCAAAUGGGUAAACAUGUUAGGUGAAGGUUAAUUUAUGCCAAUAAAAAAUACUGUAUGUUUAGUUAAAUGCUUAUCUUCUCUGGAUAAAAACAUAUGUUUAUGAAUCUCCUCACUAUAUCUAAAAUAUUUAUUUAAUGGUAAUUUUAAUUAAAAAAACGUAUGCAAACUAGAAAACAACAGAAAUUUGCAAGUUAUAGUAGUGGGAAUAAGAUGAAGAUUUUUUUAAAGCAAAUUUUCCUGGAAUAAUACUUCUGAAAUAGUUCUGGAGUUCAUUGAUGCCUUGAAUAAGUCCCAAAUCUGCACAUCAAUUUUUUUAUUUCAUCUUUUCUUUCAUUGUGGUCUGGUGUUGUCGCAACUAGAUUAUAUUAGGGCGUGAAAAUUAAAGAUCUUUGUAACUCUGGCGAAAUUUUUUGCAGGUGUAUUUUGGCACAAUGCAAGCAAGGAAUUGCUUGAGUGCCAACGCAGUGAACAUAAACUGCUCUACAGGUAUGUCCAGCCUGCUGCGCCGGGAGGUUCUGGAUAAAGCCGGUGGACUGGCAGAGUUUGGCAAAUAUCUUGCAGAGGACCAUUUCAUGGCACAGGCAAUCCGUGCUCAGUAAGUCUUGGUCUUGUUGAGCAGCCAAUACUUAGUGUCAUGCGAUUGUUUUAUCGUUUCAUCUUGUUUUGAGUUUUUUAAAAAUGUUUUAGUAGGCAUUAAACCUUUGAUUUAUUUUGUGAUGGUGAGUGGUUCAUAUGAUGCAGUCACACAAUUCAGCCUAUGAACACAAACAUGGGGGAAAAAAAACUAAGCUGUUUAAUCCCAUUAAUAAUGAAAAUAAAAUGAGUAAAACAGAGUAGGGUUAAACCUGAAAAAAAAAAAAAAUAAAUAAACGCAACAAAACAGCGAACGAGACGGCAGAAAGCCUUCGUCAGCGAACAAAACAACAGAAAAAACGGUAUAAAAAUAAGAAUAAUAAUAAUGAAACCUUGUUAUUGGUGCUGCAUGAUAAUUAUGAGUUUUUGACAUUUAUUUACAAUUUCUCUACCACUCUCUGUUAUUGCUUACCAGUUUUUCCGUCCAUUUUACUCUUUGUCUGCAACUUAAAGCUGAACUUGUCACGAUGUAACAGCUCUCAUCACAUCUCUUCCACAGAGGUUUCAAAGUGGUUCUAGCAACAACUCCUGCUCUACAGAACUCUGGCAACUGUUCCAUCUCGGAGUUUCAUAACAGGCUGACCAGGUAAUUCUUGCAUUCAUACCAAUCAUUUCUUUGUUAUUAACAGAAUUCAUAACCUUUCUUGAACUGUGAAUGUCAUACGCUUGAAUUAGAUCAACAUAUUUACUUAUUUGAUUGAAAAUUCUCCCCUCCACAGAUGGGCUCAACUUCGGAUGUCCAUGUUACCGACAUUGAUUUUCCUGGAACCCGUUGGCGAGAGUGUGGUACUGGGUGUGCUCACUUCAUGGGCGGCUAACUUCCUCCUUGAUGUCUCUCCACUGGCCUUCUUCCUCGGCCACUUCCUCCUCUGGUUUCUCAGUGAUUACAUUCUAUUCAGGAUAGUUGAGGUAAGUUGUCAAGAUCACCAUGCACCUUUGAUUUUAGGUUGAUUAUAUUCUAGUCAAAAUAGUUGAGUUAAGCUGUCAAGAUCAGCAUGCACCUUUGAUUUUAGGUUGAUUAUAUUCUAGUCAAGAUAGUUGAGUUAAGCUGUCCAGAUCAGCAUGCACCUUUGAGUUUAAGAUUACUGAGUCAAUUACUGGGAUAAGUGCACCAUGAUUUUUGUCAGGCUUUUUACCCAUGAGAACUUUUUGUUUUUAGUUUUUUUCUUAUUUUGGUUACACCAAUUAGUUGGCAGAUCGCAGCAGCCUUUUGGCAGAUUUUUCUAUAACCCAGUUUUUAGGGUGCAUUUAUAAAACAAGUGUGUCAUACGAUGACACAAUAUAGAGCAUAUAGUGCAUUUAUAAAACACUUGUGUAUCAUGCACUAUAGAGCAUGCAGUGUAUUUAAAUAAUGAAGGUUGGUUUUGUAUUUGUUGUUUAAUUGUGCUUGUUCUUUUAAAUGAAUGAAAUAGUGAAACGAGGUAUGUGGAAGCUUGAAAUAAGGUAACAGGACAAAAAACAAGGACGUUUCGGCAUAAAGCCUUCCUCAGCCAACAAUAGAAAUGAAAAUAUAACAAAGAAAAGGGUUUUUUGUCCUGUUACCUUAUUUCAAGCUUCCACAUACCUCGUUUCACUAUUUCAUUCAUUUACAUAGCUUGAAAGCAGUCCCUUCAUUUAUUUAUUUCUUCUUGUUCUUUUAAGAUGGUUUGGGGUGGUGGGUGGGGGGGGGAGGGUAGGCGUGAUCAAAUUUAAAAAAGUAUGUUCACUAGUGUUGUAACUAGGAUGGUUGCUUUUUUACAAGAAAAGUUCCAUCCAAUUUGCAAUCAUGCUCUAAACUGAUGAAAGUAGCUUUCUCGAUCACAUGCGCAAAACCAGUUGUUCGUGGCUUUUUACAUUCAAAAUAACUUUAUUAAUCAGGGUUUUUUUCUUAUCCGGUGACUGAAGGAGGAUUCAUCCUGUCACUGUGCGAUUGUCAAUACGAAUAAUAUCUGACAAUUAUUGACCCGAUUGGUAGCCAUUUUUUCUUUGAUAUUUGUUGUUAGCUUUAUUUCUAUGAUGCUUGUAUUUUCUUUACAAUGCCAAGGAUUUUUUUUAAAGUCUCCUCCCUUGUACUUCUUCUUAUUUCAUUGAGCAUAAGUUUGAGUCCAAAGGUUGGUAAAUGCUGAGAAAAUUAUUGUACAUUGCUUCGUUCCUAGUAAUAAAAUUGUCCCAACUCAAACAUCUACAGCAAAAACCAGCUAGUAAUGUAAUUGUCCCAACUCAACCAUCUGCAGCAAAAACCAGCUAGUAAUGUAAUUGUCCCAACUCAACCAUCUGCAGCAAAAACCAGCUAGUAAUGUAAUUGUCCCAACUCAACCAUCUGCAGCAAAAACCAGCUAGUAAUGUAAUUGUCCCAACUCAACCAUCUGCAGCAAAAACCAGCUGACAGCUGGGAAUGUUGCAUGCUGAUUUUUCUUGGUGCUUUGUAGAACAUUGUAUCAAUCCGACCUAUUUUCUUCACUGUACUUCUCCAGUGAUGAUUGUUAUGGGGGUGCAUGCCAGAAAAGGUUUUUUUGUCACUUGACCUUCUGAUGACCCCAACAUUUUGAAAAAGCCACUGUCAUUUGGUCCAUAUGAUAGAUGUCUGGCUUUAAAAAUCCAUUAAAGGCUUUCCAUUACACUUGAUAAUUCUUGUUCCAACUGCUUCAUGUCAUCGUGCUGCCUGCUGUAUGUUCAAUAAUCUGGUCAUAUCAAAUGAUGACAGUUGCUCUGAAGCCACACUUCGUAGGUUUCCUUCCAAGGAAAAGUUUAUAUAAUAUGUUUUGUUUUCCGUCAUUAUUGCUUUCCUCAGAUUAGUUCCUUAACGUGUUCUUUAUGGAGACAUGUCUGGACAUUAAUGCAUUACUUUUAUGUUAGAGAUCACAGCAAUUCAAAAUAAAGAUAUUUUAAAUUUGCAAACAACGUUGCCCAUAGGAAUAUUGUCUAUUUUGUUUUUAGGCUAAUCAGGCACUGACCAUUGACCUCAUUUCCUAAUAUUAACGAAUUCUAGGAGAUAUUCUAUAUUCCUCUUACGUUUUUAAAUCCAGUUGACCUGUAAACUUAACAAAACAUCUGUACCUUCCAGUUCCUUGGAGGGGUCAAAGCAAACAUCAGAAUAUUUAGAUCAAGGCAACCUAAUGAAAAAAAAAUAUAAUGACAAGAGACUUCCUUUUGAAAAUAAUUUGCACCUUUCACUUUAAUUGUUUCUGAAUAGGUUUCCAAGUUUUGUAACAAUAUCUGGUGAAUUUGUUUCUUUAACAAGCGUCCUACACUCUUUUAAAACCAAGUCCUCACUGGUUUUAUUCAGUAAUAAAAUAUUGAAUCAUAGUCACAAGAUUGGAUAGUUGAGCAUGCACAAUAAAAUGCAUUCAAAAUAAAACCUAGGCAGUAAAGAUGUGAUAGACUUUAGUACAUUUGAUCAACAUCUUUAGGGAGACAUUAAGAAGAGAUUUGGUAACAAUAAUUGUAUCUAUAUUUUAUUAGCAACAUCUCUUUUUUUUUUUCCUUCCUUUUCUUUCCCUAUUUAAAACUUAAUCAUUUCCAAACUAUGAUUAAUCCUUAUCAAAGGUCAGUGAACCUUUUACAUGUUCAGUAAAAUAUGAACAUUAAAUAUACUGUUAUAAAAUGCUGACAUUGCCUAUUUUAAAGGGAAAGAAAGAAAGGUGGAAAAAAAGGGAGGUGGGGGAGAGAAGUUCUGUCUUUUACAGGUGUGUUGUGUGUCAAGUGAAGGUAAACACGUUUAUAAAUAUGCCCCUGCAUCACGAGGGCCAGCCAGCAUUGCUACUGACAUCAAUUGUCGGUGACAUGUCAAAGGGAUAUUCAUUCACCUGGUUCCCCCACGUGUAAACAACAACACGUCAUUAGGGACUCAAAACUACUCUAGCGAGUGCCCGCUGUCCUACAUUUGAUAGUCCGGCUUGGUUACAGAGAUCGAUACGUGUCGCCAUGAAUGCGGAGUGCGUGCCGGCAUUUACUGUACCGUGUAGUGCACUUGUUUCUGCUUCCCCCCCCCCCCCAUUUUUCCCUCAUUAAGGCCACACUGACAAAACUCUCUUUGGUUUACACGCGCGGUUUCACAACCGCCUUGAUCGUCUGCCAAAUUAAAUUGCACCAACUUGCCUUCACCGUAUCCAAGUUUUUGUGUGUCGCGGCUCUGUGGGGGAGCCAGCUCCAUGCUACCUACCGACUGGUAAGCUAUUCAAAAUCUUUAAGAAAUUGAUUGGCUGGCUGUUGCCCAGUUAAAGGACGCCUGCUUGAUUUCAUUGGGGAUUGCUGCUAUGAACACGUCUGUUACCAAAACAGAGGUCUCUCUGGCUGUGACGUUCGUCUGACGGCAACUCUUGCGUAGUUUCGCGAUCCUGUCUCCCCCUUUAUCCAGACUUGCUGAACGACUUGAAAACAUUGACCGUCAAAUUCGCGGUGCACCUAUUCAUGCAAAAAGAGGGAGAGGGGGGGGCUUCUAUAAAUACCCACCAACUGAGAAUAUAGUGGGUCAGACUUGUUAGAUAGGCGAAUCUUGAAUAAACAACCAUUGGUUUUAUUUCUCUAGUCGCUAAUGCAAAUAUCUUAUUGACUUUGUCAGCAAUAUAUAUAUAUAUAUAUAUAUAUAUAUAUAUAUAUAUCUUUUAGCAAGUAGCCUAUAUAGACCCUGUGGAGGGGGGUGGGGUCUUUAUAUGAUUUAAAGUUACACUAUAUUAUAUGCUUAUUAACAACCAUUGGUUUUAUUUCUCUAGUCGCUAAUGCAAAUAUCUUAUUGACUUUGUCAGCAAUAUAUAUAUAUAUAUAUAUAUAUAUAUAUAUAUAUAUAUCUUUUAGCAAGUAGCCUAUAUGGACCCUUUGGAAGGGGGUGGGAUCUUUAAAUGAUUUAAAGUUACACGAUAUUAUAGGCUUAUUUAUAAUCACAUUGUUACAGGGUCGUUGGGUAGGUGACAUUCAUAUUGACAUCCCGUCCCCAAUGAGAGGUAGUUGUAAAUAUUUCAAACCAAAGGGACAAAAAUAAUAAUAAUUUAACUCUAACACAGUGGUUCUCAACCUUCUAAGGCCGCGACCCUUUAAUAUGGUUCCUUAUGUUGUGACGACCCCAGCCAUAAAAUUAUUUCGUUGCUACUUCAUAAAUGCGACCCCCUGUGUGACGGACUUCAUAAAUGCGACCCCUGUGUAACGGUCGUUCGAUCCCCAAAAGGGGUCGCGACCCACAGGUUACAUUAAACUGUAAUUUAUAAAAAAAUAUCCUAGUUGUAUCGUCUUCCCCUGACUUAACUGAAACAAUUGUACAUUUUUUUUACCAUUCGAAUGAACUUAAGUUUCUACGGGGGGAUAUUUACCUACUACUUGAUAUUUUCUAAUACAGCAAGUUCUCGACUUACGACCACGAUCGGUUCCGACACACCGGUCGUAACAUGAUUUGGUCGUAAGUUGAGUAAGCUAUGUGUACAGUAAUGUGAAGUGUGGUAUAAAAAUACUUAAGUUAUAUUACAUCAUAAAUUUCUUGUAUUAUUGUUAUAAAUCAUAAUUGCCGAUGUGGUCGUAAAAUCGAAUGGUCGUAAGUUGCAUAGGUCGUAAGUCGAGCUCUUGCUGUAUUCCUAUUGUGUAAUUUACGAAGUAUUCAUUGAAUCCCUCAUCUGAAAGGGUUUACCUGAAGUAGACGAAAAGUUUCAACAGGUGGGCGUGUAAAGACAGGGCGACAUUGUUGUAUACAUACAGUCAUCUCAACCAUCAGUCGUCGCCCGCCCCCCCCCACUCCCUACACGUUGAUAACAUUCCAUAGCCCUAUACAAUGAGUGUGUGUGUACUAAACUCGACACGGCAUGAUAUCAUAUCUCAAUUUCUAUCUACUUGACGUUAUCUUGUUCUGGUCGGUGAAUAAGCUGUUCAUCUUCUAAUCUGUGUUUGGUGUACGUCUCACUAUCACCCGCUUGUGACUUAUGCCCCCACCCCCUUUUCCCCGCUUGUAAGCGUCACGUGUCUGCAUCUGUUCCAUAAAUAGUUUUUAUCAACACCCCCCACCCCCUUCCCACCCGGGCUUUCCUCUUCAUUUUGCUACCAUUGGAUUAUUUGGCUAUGUUGACAAACCCACGAUUGUAGUUCACGUCAGCCUGUCCACUAGGCAAAUAUUUUAUCGGUUUUUUUUUUCAUCUCGAGCGACCCACUUUUUCAUUGAGUCAUGAUGACAUUGGGACAUACAGUCGUUGAAUAUCUGACCUUUCUAAUUUUUUGUUUGUAUGUUUUUUUUUGUUUAUGGCCUAGUUAAAGAUUAUUUUUUAUGGAUGGAAUCAACUGAACUGUGUGGAUAAAUCCGAUAUAAUUUAAUCAUAUCUUGAUUACAUUAUCUACACUUAAUCACAUAAUGAUGAAAUCUACUACUAUUAAUUAUGUCUUGAUGUUAUCUUCCGUAAAAUCAACUAUACAUGGUCCUACUACCCUUUUUGGAGUUAUCUUCCGUAAAAUCAACUAUAUGUGGUCCUACUACCCUUUUAGGAGUUAUCUUCCGUAAAAUCAACUAUACAUGGUCCUACUACCCUUUUUGGAGUUAUCUUCCGUAAAAUCAACUAUACAUGGUCCUACUACCCUUUUUGGAGUUAUCUUCCGCAAAAUCAACUACACAUGGUCCUACUACCCUUUUUGGAGUUAUCUUCCGUAAAAUCAACUAUACAUGGUCCUACUACCCUUUUUUGGAGUUACCUUCCGAGAAAUCAACAGUACAACAAGGUCCUACCACCCUUUAUGAAAAAGACAAGAGUCUUUCAAGUCAUACAAAGCAUAUUGAAUGCUUGUAUUGAUUCUAGUGAUUUAAAGCGUCGACAGCACAGCUAGCGAGUGCUGUAAUGCGAGAGUAGAACAUAAUAGGCUUAGAAUGUUCUAGUAGACCAACCAAGCUCUGAUGGCUCUCUUUCAAUGCACAUUUUUAAUGAAGUUUGCUGUUGUUAUUUAUUUUUAAAGUAACUCAAAUACUUUGUUACAUUGAUUCCAAGAUGUGCACAAGAUGUGCACAACGUUGGUUAUACUUGAUGUCAUUUAAAACAUGAGCUAUAAUAACCUUGCACCAUUCAGUCAUUGAACUGUAAGUGUAAGGUCUAUUUUCUUAUUAGGUUUGUGGCUGAUAGCCACACGGGCUAGGCAAUAAGCUAUAGGGGCUAUAGCCACAUUUGCUAGGCAAUAAGCUAUAGGGGCUAUAGCCACAUUUGCUAGGCAAUAAGCUAUAGGGGCUAUAGCCACAUUGGCUAGGCAAUAAGCUGAAGGGGCUAUAGUCACAUUGGCCAGGCAAUAAGCUAUAGGGGCUAGACCAGGCUCAGAAUGGCUUGUCACAAAGUUAAAGCUAGACCAGGCUCAGAAUGGCUUGUCACAAAGUUAAAGCUAGACCAGGCUCAGAAUGGCUUGUCACGAAGUUAAAGCUAGACCAGGCUCAGAAUGGCUUGUCACAAAGUUUGGGCUAGACCACGCUCAAAAUGACAUGUCACAAAGUUAAAGCUAGACCAGGCUCAGAAUGGCAUGUCACAAAGUUAAAGCUAGACCAGGCUCAGAAUGGCUUGUCAUGAAGUUAAAGCUAGACCAAGCUCAGAAUGGCAUGUCACAAAGUUAAAGCUAGACCAGGCUCAGAAUGGCCUGUCACAAAGUUAAAGCUAGACCAGGCUCAGAAUGGCCUGUCACAAAGUUAAAGCUAGACCACGCUCAGAACGGCCUUUCAAAAAAGUUAGGGCUAGACCAAGCUAAAAUUUUAUGUCACAAAGUUAAAGCUAGACCAAGCUCAGAAUGGCUUGUCAAAAAGUUGGGGCUAGACCAAGAUCAGAUCGGCCUGUCGCUAUGACCUAAUUCCCAUUAGUUUUUAACAGCCCAAGCUUUGGUCCUGUUUGCGCAGAUCAUUUGUGUCAAUAAAUGGCAUGGAGUAGGGGCACAUCCCUUGUUAACUGUUAAAGACGGAUUUCAAACUUUACUUUGUCACUAUAAGCCCCCCCCCCUCCCCCUUUUUUGUUCUUCUUCUUCUUUAAUAGAAUACUGGUCUUGUUUACUCUUAUUACACAUGCUUCUCCAUUAUUGUACUAAAAACGAAUUUUACAAUUUACUGUUGAAUGUUUUAUUGUAUUUAAAAUUUUAAAAAAUUGCUGUAUUAUCAUGACAAGUAGGAAGAACUCAACAACCCCCCAAGCCUACGCCUGCCACCCCUAAAUCUACGCCUGCCACCCCCAACCUUACGGCUCCCAACCCCCAACCCUAUGGCUGCCACCCCCCCAACCUUACGGCUGCCACCCCAACCCUCCACCUCCCAUGUUUCAUCCUGGGCUGUGAUGUAUUUCUUUUAUUCUUUAUAAUUUCACUCAUUAUCAUCCUUACAUUUUUCAAAAUUAUCCUAACGAAUUAUACGGAUAAUGACCCACCCGUUGCGUGAGUCCACGUCUCUUAACAUCAGAAUGACCCAAUUUCUCAGCCGAUCAUAUUAAUCUUCUUGUCUCUUUCUUUUCACAGAAUGGACCUCUCCCAUUUUCUAAAUUUGAGUUUGUGGUGGCCUGGCUCCUGCGCGAGUUUCUAUCCCCAUACAUCCUGCUGAUGGGGCACCUUAAGGACCACGUUGUGUGGCGCAACCAGAAGUACAAGAUCCAGUGGGGAGGCAUAGUCCAGGUCCCCGUCUCCAACAGUUUAGAUGUGGUGGCCGUGUCGUGAAGGUUGUGGCUGUGUUUGCUGGCGUGUGUCUGGCUUUGUCUGAUGGCGAUCAUUUAAACUGGGGACAACAAGUGCCUGCUUGGAGAGUACGGAAAAUUGCUUUGUUUAAAUAUAACACAGUGGUUUUGUAAAUUUCAACUAACAUCAGGAUGGACAGUUUAGGAUGUGUAUUCAAAGGGAGAUAUCCUUGUAAGGAAAAAUGUUGUUCAUCAAUGGUGAACAUGUGAAUGGCCAGGAUAUUUCUAUAACGUGCAGGAAUAUGUAUGAGUUGAGUGAAUGGCCAGCAUACAUGGCAGUGGUGAGUGAUACGCAGAAAUAUGUACCAGAGUUGAGUGAAUGGCCAGCAUACAUGGCAGUGGUGAGUGAUACGCAGGAAUAUGUACCAGAGUUGAGUGAAUGGCCAGCAUACAUGGGUGUGGUGAGUGAAACACAAGAAGAUGUUAGCUCUAACAUGCUGAGCAAAUGAGAAAUGAUUGGAUGGGUCUGGUCGAAUGUUCAUGAAUGGCACUGAUGGAAGUCUAAUCUUAAUGUAAUUAUCAAUCUGAAAAUGGCUGACAUGAGAUGCUUGUAACAAUACUGUACAUAGUUUUAUAUGAUGGUGUGGCUGUCUUGUGAAGAGAUGUACAUAGUGCAUGACACAGUGUAUGAUGCAUCUAUUGUUUUUGUAUCGUUAAAAUCUAUUGUCCUGUUUUCCCGUCCCAUUGUCUGGAAUCUGGAGAUUUGUGAAAAUUUUACAAGAUAAGUUAUUUUCAUGUUUUGUGUCAUUUAGAAUGUUUAUUGAGUUUGAGUUUUUGGAAUAGGAGUGAGUUGAAUAGAUGACUCCCAGUCUAUUAGAUAGAUGAGAACUGUCCAUUUAUUGACAUUGAUAGCACAUUUUGUCACCCCAAAUUUAUAUCCAAAGUUAGGGGGGAGAAAGAAAAAAGGGGGGGGGGGAUUUUUUAAAUUGUAUCUCUUACACUUCCUGACUAGUCUUUCUGCCCAGUGCAAGUACCAGGUAUAGAUCCCAAAUAGAAUUGUAUCUCUUGUAUUUCCUGAUAAGUCUUUCUCCCAAAUAGAUGAGAACUGUCCAUUUAUUGACAUUGAUAGCACAUUUUGUCACCCCAAAUUUAUAUCCAAAGUUAGGGGGGAGAAAGAAAAAAGGGGGGUGGGGAUUUUUUAAAUUGUAUCUCUUACACUUCCUGACUAGUCUUUCUGCCCAGUGCAAGUACCAGGUAUAGAUCCCAAAUAGAAUUGUAUCUCUUGUAUUUCCUGAUAAGUCUUUCUGCCAAGUGCAAGUACCAGGUAUAGAUCUCAAAUAGCAUACACUAGUAUUAUAAUUCUAUCUAAAUUCAAGGUUCCAGAAGCACAAGUAGGAAAUUUAUUUUAUACAUCUAAACUAGUUGUGGACUAUAUUUUUGUGUGUGCACUUUGAUGAAAAUGAGCCCUGAUACAUUCCAAGGUAGUCAGCCAGUAAUUUAGUCAAUGUUCCAAGGAAGUCAGCCAGUAAUUUAGUCAAUGUUUUACGAUGAUCAUCUUUACAGGAACGAUAAUGAAUUUACAGCUCAAAGUUGUUGAUAUUACUUCUACUUUGACCAUAGACAACCAGUCUGCCUGUUUGUACCACUGUUUAUGUUUGGUCCCAUUUUUUUUUAUUCUAAAGUGAAAAAAAACCCUGUUUCCAAUGUCGUUAUUUAAAUAUUUAUAAAAAAAAUAUUAAUGUUUUGUCUUAACUGAAAAGUUUGUGCUCAAAUAUGAUUUACAAAAAUCAUGUUGUUUUUUUUUUUAAAUGAUGAACAUAUCAAAGAUAUGUUCUCUUAUUAUAUGUCCUCAAGUUUUAAGAUGGGCAGGUUGUCCUAUAUAUGGCAGGUAUUUUCAUAAAAACCAGUGCUAUACCUGGUCAGUGCUAUACUUUGCCACCAAACCUGACAUGUUGUUACUUUAUGAAGCAUGUUAUGCAUGCUUAUGAUUAUAUUGCUACAUAGCAAGCAAUUUUUUUUUUUAAAUAAUCUUUUUUUUUUUUUACAUUUUAUAAAAACUUGUGACCAAUGGGAACCUGAGUGAAUAUGACUUGUUGGUGUCACCAGAGUUUGUACAGAUGGACACAGCAUACACACACACAACUUUUGUAAAUUCAUCAUAGUGUAAACACAGCCUUAUACAGUACCUGUCAUACAGACGGUCAAACACACACAUCACUUUUCCUUUGUAGCCAUAGUGCUAAAUAUUCAUUCUCGAGACAAGUUAAAAAUGAGAAAUACUUUUUAAAAAGGAACGCUUGUUGUUUUAAAAGUUACUAUAGGAAACACAGGUGACAUUUGAGUUGAAAAUAUUAAAUAAAAUGUCAUCUUUGUAAGCACUACUAAAACCAUGUUUUAAUUUUUUUUUUAAUUAUUAAAAUUUCUUAUCUGGCGAGGUCAUUCAUAUUAUCAAAACACUAGUGAUGAAAAAUGAAAUUUCAGCUACUUUCUUUUUUUUUCUUUUUUUUUGGUCAUGAAAUGCAUUGUAUUUCAACAAAAACAGUCCACCUGCCUCACACUAUUUGUCAUUGUCAAACUUCUAGUUAGCACUGAGUUCCUGAAACUAUUUUGUCAUACUGCUAGUUAGCACUGAGUCUAAGUUACACUAAAUAACACAAACAAACAUACACUCCAAUGUAACAAAUGUCCUAGUGGCACAACAAUGAUCUUGCUCAUGUCCUCGGCGCGUGCUGGUCCGAUCUUGGGUUCGCGCCAUCCGACUAUCAUGACGACCUCACGUAAGGCUUGGGACACAAUUCCCCCGUUGAUGUCUCUCCGUAUGUAUAUGUUAUUGUUGCAUUUGAUGUUAUCAGUUUUACAUGGAAACUUUUUCAGUGUAAUUCGGCGGCAGUGUUGAUGAAACCCCUGACAUUAAAUGACAUGUGCAUUUGCUGUCAUUGCAUUAAAUGACACGUAUUUGCUGUCAUUACAAACUAUGAAAUGUGUCCUUUAUUUAUUGAUCAUAAAUUUGUAAAUGGGGAAAGGGGGGGGGGUAUGAGAUGGAUCUGCAAAGAUUUUUCUAAGAGACCUAUAAGCACAACUAUUAAAAAUGAUUAUCUCUGCUGUU